AUGAUGAAGUCUCCCAAGGCUGUAAUCAUCAUCUUAGCUUCUGCCUUUUGCUUCUUGUCCCUCCUUGACUUGGCCUAUGGAGACAAACAACCUAAAUUCAGUGUGGAAGGCAGAGUAUACUGUGACACUUGUCGCGUUCAGUUCAUAACUCGUCUCACCCAGUUCAUGGAAGGUGCGACGGUUCGCUUAGAAUGCAAAAAACGCGGCGACGAAGCUGUAGUUUCUCUUGUUGAAGGCAAGACUGAUAGCUCAGGAACAUACAAGCUUCCAGUAGAAGGAGAGCAUGAAGAAGAACUAUGUGACAUUAAGCUUAUAUCAUCCAGCAUGCCCGACUGCUCUGAGCAGCCCAAAGAACUUCACGCUGAUACCCAUGCUAGAGUUAGCCUCACAGACAACAAUGGCAUUGUUUCUAAGACUCGCAAGGCCAAUCCUCUUGGCUUUUUGAAGGAGAAACCUCUCCCUGAGUGUCCUAAAGUCUUACAAGACCUUGGAAUGUCUACCGAUGACAUGAUUCAAUAA